AACAUGGUGGAAACAUCCCCGCUGCUGAUUCGAAAUGUUUGUCCACUUCGUCUGUCAUAAUGCGGUCUUUGUUACCUGUGAGCAUAUAGUGCAUUAAAAAUAUUAUUUCUUGACAGUUGAAUUAGCUGAUUAGCCAUGAAGCUAACACGGAAACAGGUUCUCGCGAAGGCUAAGGCCUCCGACUUGGACAGCGUGAAGAAACUGAACUGCUGGGGAUGCAACCUGACUGAUAUUUCUAUCUUCUCUCAAAUGGCCAACAUCGAGGUGCUGACACUCAGUGUCAACAGCAUCUCGUCUCUGUCUCCUCUGUCUGGCUGUCUGUCUCUGUGUGAGCUCUACCUGAGGAGGAACAAUAUUCCCUCACUCUCUGAGCUCUCCCAUCUGCGUCCACUGACGCGUCUCAGAGUGCUCUGGUUGGCAGAGAACCCCUGUUGUGGGACCGACUCCAGCCAAUAUCGCCUCACUGUACUGCGCUGCCUGCCUCGCCUCCAGAAGCUCGACAACCAAGUUGUAACAGAAGAUGAGAUUACACUUGCUCUUGCGGAGGGUGAGGAGGUCACCACCCCCCCAGGCAGCGUCCAAAACCAGCUUUCCAUCAAUGGAGUUCCAGAUGCAGAGACAGAGAAUGACCCUCUUAACUACAACAUGGAGGAGACCAACAAAAUCAGGGAAGAGUUGGGGAUGAAGCCGCUCUCCAGAGACAAGUUCCCCUCUCUUUGUUCUCCAUCAACCAGAGAAAACAAACCAUCAAUGAAAAAGUCACACACUCUGGACGCAGUUCUGCUGCUGCUGAGGGAUUUGGAUGAAGAGGAGCUUCACAUCGUAUACACAGCGACUCAGAACAGACUCCAGAUGCACACACUGGACUCAGAGACACUAACAGAUUCACUUCAGGCACAGAAAACUGCUGACAUCCAACACUGAAACGUUUCAUAGCAUGCACUCAGGGCCAAACCUCUCCCUCCUCUUCUUAUAUUUAAAGGGUAAGUUUGGUGUUUUUCAACCUGGAACCACUCAGGGCAUGUUUGUAUCAUCAAUUUACGUCCAUUGACAGUGUUUUUUGCCACUAAGAGGCUCAGAUUGCUGUUAGUGUCUGAUAACAUUAUGGAAAGGAUCCUACAUUCAUUCAUUUUCUGAAACUGCUUAUCUUGUUAGAGGUUGUGGGGGGCUGGAGCCUAUCCCAGCUGACACUGGGCGAGAGGCAGAGUACACCCUGGACAGGUCGCCAGACUAUCACAGGGCUGACACAUAGAGACAGACAACCAUUCACACUCACAUUCACAUCUAUGGGCAAUUUAGAGUCACCAGUUAACCUGCAUGUCUUUGGACUGUGGGAGGAAGUACCCUGAGAAAACCCACGCUGACACAGGGAGAACAUGUAAACUCUACACAGAAGGGUUCCCCCACCCUGGGUUCAAAACAGAAACCCUUUUGCUGUGAGGUGACAAUGCUAACCACCACCUGGCACCACCCUGUCGCCAGGACAUACAGUAGCCUACACAACAAGUUGAGUUUUGCAGCCGCUGGCAGCUACCGUUUAGCACAGUGAAAAAGAAUUGAUCUUUAGUAAAUUGCAUAACAUUAGCUGUUAACAAAAAGCUACGUUACGUUAACAGCUACAGAAAAUUAAUUUGCCGUCACAUUACAUCACACGGAAGGUUAUCGGCCAAAAAAUUGUUCUCGUUAGUCACUGAGACACAAAAACUUUGGAUCCAGGUUGAAAAAUACCAAACUCACCCUUUAACCUCAUUCUUGGGAUUACAAACAGGAUCCUUAAACGCCCCGUUUUACCCGUUACCUUCACAUGGCAUUUUGCAUGGCACGUGUAGUCUUGCUGACCUCUCUCUUCUGUUACAGGUUUUUACAUGUGGAGGGGAGUAUUGAACAACUUCCCUUGCUUUCUGUUUUUUUUGUUAUAGCAGCAUGCCUUCCUGCCUUCACAAACAAAAGAAUGUAUGU